AUGUGUGACCAAAACAAUAAAAGGACAUUGAUUAACACAAGCCAAGAAUAUGCCAAGAAGAAGGGAAAGCAUGGCAAGUUGAAGGAGAAGGAAAUGGAAGGAGUCCGGUACCGAGGUGUUCGGCGGCGGCCAUGGGGUAAGUUUGCGGCAGAGAUUAGAGACCCGUCUAGGCAAGGGUCACGGUUGUGGUUAGGGACCUUUGAUACGGCUGAAGCAGCAGCUAGAGCUUAUGAUCAAGCAGCCUUUAGAUUGAGGGGUCAUGUUGCAAUUUUGAAUUUUCCUAAUGAGUACCAUUCUCAAGUUAGGGACUACCCUCCAAAUUUAGCACCAUCAUCAUCAUCAUCAUCAUCCAUUACUCAUGGACAAAAGAGGCAAGUUUUUGAGUUUGAGUAUUUGGAUGACAAAGUGUUGGAGGAGCUUCUUGAGUCAGAAGAGGGGAAGGCACAAAAAUAUUGA